AUGGGUAGUUGUGAAGAAGCUGGCAUAGAUAGAAUGGAGGCUCAGAGGUCAGUGGUUGUCUCUCAUGGUGAAAGGAAACGAAGUUACUUCCCCAUGAACCUGAUAAAGUGCGGGCUACGUUCACUAGGUCUCCUUCAAACCGGAGGCAUGGGAGAAACGGAAUCUGUGCCAGAUUACCUAACCAACCUCAGGGUUUCAGAUGUUUUUAACCUCCCUAGUGAAGAUGUGCAGAUAGAUCCACAGAUCUUUACUGCAGUUUGCGAGGGGGAAAAAGAACGUCUAGAGGAGUACUUAAAAAAAAGAGGUACGUCAAUGGCAUGUCUCAAAGGUGAUCAGGGAGGUUCUGUUCUUCACAUCGCUGCUGCAUGCAAUCAUCUUGAACUAGUGAAGAUCAUAGCCUCUGAAUGCCCGUGUCUUCUUCUGAAGCCAGACUCAAAGGACCAGCUUCCGCUUCAUGUGGCAGCUCAUGCUGGUCAUUCAACUGUUGUUGAAUCUCUUGUUGCGACAGUGGGAUAUGUCUCAGCUAGGCUGUCUGAUGAAGAAGGGAGCGGGAGACGACGACUAAACCUAUAUGUUUUGAAGAAUAAAGAUGGAGAUACUCCUCUGCACUUAGCCUUAAAAGGGCUCCAUAUGACCUCAGCUAAACAUCUGGUGAAUGCAAACCAAGAGGCUUCGUUUCUUGAAAAUAAUGAUGGAAUAUCUCCCUUGUAUUUGGCGGUCGGAACUGGAGACCUACCCCUUGUGCAAGCGAUGUUAGAAAAUAGAAAGGAAGAUGGAGGACGGAGAUAUGUUGACAUAGACUCACACUUGGAAGGAAGAAAAUAUCUUUUACACGCGGCUUUGAGGGCUAGGAGUCCAGAUACCCUUGAAUUUUUGCUAAAAGAAUAUCCAAGUCUUGUUGAUGAGCGAGAUAAAGAAGGAAGGACAUGUCUUUGGUUUGCAGCAUCCGAAGGAUAUUAUCAAGGAGUAAGCAUCUUGCUAGAGCAAUGGAAAAAUGGUGUUUACGUAUCGAAUGAUGACGGAUCCUUCCCAAUCCACAUUGCUGUAGAGAGACGUCACAUUCGAGUUGUUUACUUGUUUCUAACACUUUAUCCAGAUUCAAAACACCUUCCAAACAAAAAAGGUCAAAACAUUGUUCACAUUGCAACAAAGAGUGGGAUAUGUGCACUUUUUCUUUUUAGUUAUCUCUGGGUAAUUGGUUGGAUCAAUACGCUUGUGGAGAAGCAAGAUGAGAACGGCAACUCACCUCUGCACGAAGCUACCAUAAACUGGCGCCCUCGUACCCUAUAUGUCCUUUUACUCAUGACCAAGACAAAAUGGUUAUACGUACAGAACAAUGCUGGUCACACAGCUCUGGAAAUCGCUGAGAACACUAUGAAAGACAACUACAUUUUCAUGGAGAGGGUGACAUUGAUGGUGUUACUAUUCUUUUAUGCACCGAUAUCAAGAAAAUCGUGGUGGAGAACGAUAACCAAACCAGCAAAGCCACUAGAGGGCGGAAAAUCUGACAACUACGUAGACACACUCUUGGUGGUUGCAGCUCUUGUGGCAACCGUAACGUUUGCUGCAGGUUUUACUAUACCAGGUGGAUUUAACGCCUCUGAAAAGAAACUGGGCUUGGCAGCUUUAGAAGAUAAGCCUGAACUCGCCUAUUUUAUGAUAUUUAACAUCAUGGCAAUGCAAAGCUCGAUUGUGACCAUAGCUAUUUUAAUAUGGGGGCAAUUAGGCGACAAAGCGUUGGUUCCUAUGGCCUUUGCUUGGGCAUUGAGGUCACUGUUUUUCUCUCUCCUCUGCAUGGUGCUGGCGUUCUACUGGGGUGUUGUGGUUACGUUUGUGAAUGUUAAAGGGGUUGUUAUCUUCCUUAAAGUUACCUAUGCGAUCUUCCUUUUUCUUAUGCUCUUCAACCUUGGCCCUCACGUCUUCCUACAAACACCUGGAAUCCCUGCUUUCUUAGGUACCUGCUUCUUGAUGUUUGUAAUGCUUGUGAAUGAAGACAGUUUCACCACUCCUGCGAAGAAGGAGAACUCAGGCAAGGAGGAUUCCACUGCGAAGAAGGACAACUCAGGCAAGGAGGAUUCCACUGCGAAGAAGGAGAACUCAGGCAAGGAGGAUUCCACUGCGAAGACCGAACCGGAAAAGCAAGAGAUUAACUAAAAAUUAUAAGAAUAUCUUUAUCUUUUACUUUUACAUUGUGUGUUCUUGUUUGUAUGGUUUGAUUUGCUCUCUCUCGUCUUCAUUACUUUACUUGUGUGUACCCC